AUGGAUAAUGGUAAUCAUGUUGGUGGUUCAGGAAAUGGAGGAUUUCACAGCUAUCGUAGAUCCCCACAACCAACCCCUGCCCAUUCCCCUUCUCCCGCUAUGGAGAUGAGCAUGGGAUUGCCUGCUCAUCUCAACCAGGCAAUUACUGAAUGCAUCAUCCGGGAGCAAGACCGAUUCAUGCCAAUAGCAAAUGUGGUUAGAAUCAUGCGCAGGAUCCUUCCUCCCCAUGCCAAGAUAUCCGAUGACGCCAAACAGACCAUCCAAGAAUGUGUCUCUGAGUUCAUAAGCUUCAUAACACUGGAAGCCAAUGAUCGUUGCCAGCGUGAGCAGCGUAAGACCAUCACCGCUGAAGACUUGCUUUGGGCCAUGAGCAAGUUUGGUUUGGAUGAAUACAUUGAACCCUUGACUUUGUACUUGCAUAAUUAUCGUGACUUUGAUGGUGGUGAGAGUGAAUCCCUGAGAGGGGAGCCAUUGUUGUUGAAGCGCCCAAUGGCUCAUGAUCACUAUGGUUACUUUGUGUAUCCACCACCUAUGGGCAGUGGUUGUAUGCAGGGUGGUGCAUCGAACGGAAGUUCUUCUCAGUGUGCCGUGGCUGCUGUGGAUAGUGAAGUUGAGUCUCCUGCGAAGGAGGAUUAG